CUCUUCCUCCUCCUCUUUCUCUGCUCUAAAUGUGGCUCUUUCGGAUUCCCGUCCAAAUGUUUUCCAUAUUAGUUCAGCGCGUCUGGUUUAGCACAGAGUCAGCGCACGCGCGGGGCGGGUGCGCGCGGGGAGGGGCACAGACAGAAGUGCUGGUCCCAGUGAAAGUGUGAGAGGGCACAGGGCACAGGGCACUGGGCACAGGGCACUGGGCACCGGGCCGGGGGCACAGAGGGUCAUCGGACAUGGAGAAGUUAAAGAUGCGUGAGGAGAGUCCGGAGCCGGAGCGCGGAGGAUGUCGCCACACGUGCCGCUUCCCGCUGCUCCUCGCGCCGCUCCAGCUGCUCCUGGGCGUCGCUGUCGCCGUCGUGGCUUUCCUCACGUUGUCCAUCACGUCGUCCCUGUUGGCCCGGGAGACGCCGCACUGGGCCGGGAUCAUCCUCUGUGUUGUUUCCAUCGUGGGUCUGGUCCUUUACUGCGUCACCUCCCGUCCAGACGAACGCUCCUUCCUCCAGUACAGCGUCAAACUCUUGUACUUCAUCCUGUGCUCCGUCGGUCUGGUCGUCUCGGUCCUGGUGGUGGCGUUCGCCGGGCAUCACUACACUCAGGCGACGGGCUUCUCGUGUGAGCGCGCGGGGCCCGACUGCGUCUGCACCACGGAGCCCCAGGACCCCAUCGGCCGAACCUUCACCUACCGGGACGUGGACGACUGCGGGUACCUGACCGCGGACCUGCCCAUGUUCUUCCUGGUCCAGAUCCUCCUGAACCUGGCCCAGGCUCUGGUCUGCGCCGCCGCCUGCUUCAUCAUGUGGAAGAGGAGAUACCAGGUGUUCUUCUCCGGGCUGCAGAUCUCCUCCUGGCAGAAGGUCUGAAAGAAAAACAGAAAGAGAAAGAAAAAGAGAAAGAGACAGUCGAUGGAAAAAGUCUGUUCAUAUUAUCUUUAAGUUUCAGAAUGAUGAAAAUUAUGAUCGUUGCCGUAGCGAUUAACAAUAUUGGAUUCAAAACGGUUUAGGAUCUUGUUGAUACUUUGCGUAAAUGUGUGUCCAAUUUCGAACUUCCCGUCAUCGAGCAAUCCAAACUGGGAAGGGUUUUCCGAAAAAAGUGAGCAUCAAACCUCCGUGUUUGUUUUCCCAGUGGGAUGUGGGUUUGUCAAAGUCGUUCUUUUCAAGUUUUUUUGAACCAGGCGUCUCCAACCGCUGGGCCGGGGAACAGUACCGAGCUGCAAAAACGUGAACACCCCC